AUGUAUUUCCAGCUCGACAGGUGUGGACGCAGCAAGCAUCGCCGUGUCACAAGUGACCGUGGAGUCAACGUCACAUCCCACAACAGCAGCUUCAACGAUCCCAAGAUGGCGUCCGUUUACAGGGGUGAAUCGCGGUUUGUCGGAGUUGUCAUCACACAUUUCAGGGAAGGGGGUGAAGGGAGAACGGUCUCUGACUUGCAAAUACUGCAUAAUGGCGAGGAGAACUUUGCCGACGUCGUCAUCAGCGUUCUAAGGCAAGCCGUAAACAACGGGCUGCAAGUGGGAGAAAACAGAGUGAUGGGAUUUGAACUGAAAGGGUUUCCCGGCUGUCACGUUCGCCACUCGACCUUCCCAGCUGACAACUUUGCUAUCUACGACAACCGCUGUCACUGGUUCUCAAGUGCCUCUGACACAACUGACUACAGGGCUGCGGAGAGAUUCUGUAACACUCACGGAGGGAGGCUGGUCACAGUCAAGGACUCUGCCAAGCAGCAGUGGCUUGAAAAGUACAUCGCCAACAACCUUGACAGGAGGAACUUCUGGAUUGGUUUGCAAGACCGCCAUAAUGAGAAGGUUUUCAUGUGGAGUGACGGCACUGCUUUCACCAACGGGGACUACAGCAACUGGCUCAACCCCCCAAGGCGCCACAAACUGAGGGACUGUGUCGUCAUAAGUCGCGUUCGUCAAAAGUGGGUUCUGGUCAACUGCAAGAAGAAUCGGAACAGUUUCAUCUGUGAAAUGGUGAACCCCAUCAACUAAAUAAAGAACGUCAAACUCUGAAGGAGUGUGGCAACCGAAGAGACGAAUGAUAGAGAAUAUAAUAAAAGCUCCCUGAUAAUCAUCUACUUAAUAUCUAGUUAAUCAUGAUAAUCAUAUACUUAAGACAAAGAUAAUCACUUCCACUUUUCGAUUUGUAAGAUAACGUUACAUUGUCAGUUAAAACUUAUGGUACUGUAGGUAUGGGGCAAAUGGUGCACAAGCUGGACUUGUGAAAUGUGGCUCAGGACAAUUUUAAGUCUCUUUGUACUCUUUAUUGUCUGUUAUCAUUCGUAUACCAUUGUAACAUCAGAAUAGCGCAGUCACUGUCAAUUGAUGAAAAUCUAAAAGGAAGAACAUGGCAAGCAACAUCAUAUUUAGAAGUUCACUACUUUUCCUUUGGCAAGGCAUUUUGUUGAGAAGUAAACGUAGCAAAAAAAAGAAUGCACCUUCACAGCAUGAAUUAAUGUCAUAUGCUUCUAAACUGCAAUUCGCAAAAUCUUCAAAUUUCCAUUUCUUCAUUAUACCAUACAAUAGAAUUUAACCUUAAAUUUCAAAAGAAAAAGGAGUUGGAUUUAUCCCCGACUAUCGACUUUGCAUACUUGCAUAUCCUGGAGGAUAUUGAUUCGGGCUCAAUCUCUUCCGGAGUGUCGCAACGCAUACAAAUAGAAGCCCCUCGGCAAUACCCAAAGAGAAAGUCCUGGACCAGAUCCAGCCUCCAUUGCCAGAGUUGUAUAAAAUGUGAUGAACACCAAUGCCAAACAAUUUACCAUCGGAAUAUAGACGGUGAUAUUGUAUGGGGCGGCACACGCUGUUCGCAUUUAUGAGUCCUUCAUGUGCUAGAAUUUUGAACUGAAAGUUCCAUGACAUCGAAAGCUUAAUGGUAUGUUGCGUGUUGUAGAGACUAAGAUUGUCCUGAGUUAUGUUGGGAUGCUGGCCUUAGACCAUUUGAUACUUGUGAUUUUACCCUGAUAAAAUGAAAUAAUACAACCAGUGACGACCCAAAUUGGUGUAUGUACACUGGAAUGCGGCGAUGAUAAUGAUUAAGAUAAAUAAAAUGAUCAUAUUUGUCACUAAUCACCUGAAGCUAACGUUAAAGCCAAACCUUUGAUGAUCUAUCAACUUGACUUGGGAAUGAUACACAUUGAACACCAUCACAUACCUUUAUAGU